AUGAAGCCCGCUGCCACCUAUGAGCUGCUGGUGGAUGGAGUUGGGCAGUGGGAUUUUACUGGAAAUUUUGUUCCUUGUGAGCUGUUGCUCACAGGAGACGCUGCAUUCCCGGUGUUGGUAAGCCCUGAGAAGCAGGUACUGAUCGCUGUUUCUCACUAUGGGAAAGGCCGGAUGGUAGUCGUUUCUCACGAGGAAAUUCUGAAGAAUCCCAACUUUUCCCAGUUCCUUAGGAAUGCUGUGGACUGGCUCAGACCCUCCCCAGAGGCACAGGUCGGAGUCCAUAGGAGCCUGGAUCCCCUCUCUCAGCUGCUCCUAAGGUCCAGCACUAAAGUGCAACCUGGCGUGGGGCUCAGUGCCUCUCUAGGGGUGUACUGUACAGAUGCCUAUGAUGACGCUCAGGCAGAGGAGCUGGUCCACUUUGUAAAGGGAGGUGGGGGCCUGCUCAUUGGUGGUCAGGCCUGGUACUGGGCUAGUCAACACGGUGCGGAGAAGGUGCUGUUUGAAUUCCCUGGGAACCGAGUGACCAGCGUGGCCGGCGUGUACUUCACCGGCAAUACAGUGAGGCCAGGGAUCUUCAAAGUCUCGGGAAAGAUCCCAAAGAUCCCCUUGAUCGUCCCGCACGGGGCUAAUCUCAGCCAGGAUGCAGAGCUUCUCCUCAAGGGUCUGUCGGAACUGGAUAUAGUGACCGGCGGGGUGCCAUCCCCACUGCUGGUGCAUGGGGUGCUGGCCUUCCCCCUCGGCCUGGACAGCUCCCACCGCUGCUUCCUUGCUGCAGCGCGCUAUGGCCGGGGCCGGGUCGUGGUGGCGUCUCAUGAGGGCCAGCUGUGUGCCCCAAAGCUGGCAGGGUUCCUGCUCAAUGCUGUACACUGGUUGGAUGCUGGGAGGCAGGGGCUGGUUGGGGUUGCUGCCCACCUCAAGGGGCUGUGUUCCCUGCUGUCCCAGGAGGGCCAGAAGUACCGGGUAUCAGCGCUGACGAGCGACAUGAGUGUCUACUGCUGCCCUUCUCACAGCGACCAAGAGGCAGAGCAGAUCCAGGCCUUUGUGGCGGAGGGAGGAGGGUUGCUGAUUGGGGGGCAGGCCUGGUACUGGGCCUCCCAAAAUCAAGGCCAAGCUGCCGUUGCCAGAUACCCUGGCAACAAAAUCCUCAACCGCUUUGGGAUCAGCAUCCUGGGCAUGAACCUCAAGGCUGAUAAAUACCCAGCACUGCUACCGGAGGAGCUUCCCCGUCACUACCACUUCCGUCAGGCACUCUCCCUCUUCCAGAGGCAGGUGGACAAGGAGGAGGCACUCAGAGCCCCCCUGGCAGACUGGCUGCAUAGGCUAGGGCAGGACUGUUCUGCCUUCCUGAGGAUCCCAGCUGAAGACUGCCCCGCGUACUCCUCACUCCACCGCAUCCUGCUCAAAGUGCUGCGCAGAGGUGGGAUCCCGCAGGUCAGCAAGAAGAACCCAAUCAAGAGCAACUCCAAGGAGGCAACCCUGCUGUGCCUGGCAACACAGCUGUCCCAGACCAUGACAGACUGUGCUGUCCUGGUGCAGAAACCCACCGAUGGGGUCUGCAAGCUCCCAUCCAGCUCUCCUGUCACCCUGGAAAUUGAUGGCACAAAUACAGGUGGGACAGCAUGGAUGAGUACAGGACUUUACCUACCUGAUGGGAACACGGCAGUGAUAAUGUUUCCUUGCAUGGCGACCAGUGCUGGUCUGCAGGUGCAGAUCGGGUGUCACUCUGAUGACCUCACUGCUGCGAAGGAGUUGAAACGGGCCCCCAUGGUGAUACGCAAGUGCCAGGUCAGCUGCCAGAAGCAGUCAGUCUCCUGCCUCUGGGGCGGCCUCAUUUACAUCGUCGUGCCAGGGGGAAGCCAGCUGGGCAAAGUGCCCAUCACUGUGGAAGGGGCAGUCCAGGUUCCCUACUUCAGACUGGGAGAGACCUGUAAAUGCCAGUGGCAGGCCAGCAUCCGGCACUACCCUGCACCCUGGGCCGAACUAGCUACUGAGAACAUUAUCCUGACUGUGCCUGCUGACAGCAUCCGCCAUAUAGAGAACCCAGAGCCUCUUCUGACCCUCUGGGACCAGAUCAUGAUGGCUAUAGCUGAGUUGGCAGCAGCACCAGCGAAGUUCCCAAGGCCAGAGAGGAUUGUAACAGACGUCCAGAUCUCAGCUGGCUGGAUGCACGCUGGCUACCCCAUCAUGGGCCACCUGGAUUCGGUGAAGGAGAUGGUGAAUGUGGAACACAUGCGAGCCACUGGCCUGUGGGGCCCCAUCCAUGAGCUGGGACACAACCAGCAGCGGGCAGGCUGGGAAUUCCCCCCUCACACUACUGAGGCCACCUGCAACCUGUGGUCUGUCUAUGUGCAUGAGAAGGUGCUGGGGAUCCCCAGGGACAGGGCCCACCAGGCUCUCCAGCCACAGUGUCGGAAGCAGAGGGUCACCGGUUAUCUGGAGAAAGGGGCUCAGCUGAAGGACUGGAGCAUGUGGACUGCGCUGGAAACGUACUUGCAGCUGCAGGAGGGCUUUGGCUGGGAACCCUUCAUCCUCCUCUUCUCUGACUACCAGAAAAUGUCCAACAUCCCCAAGGACAACCCCUCCAAGAUGAACCUGUGGGCUGAGAAGUUCUCUCGGCAGGUGAACAAGAAUCUGGCUCCUUUCUUUCUGGCCUGGGGCUGGCCUAUCAAGGAAGACGUCUCCUUGGAACUGGCUACUCUACCAAACUGGGAGGAGAACCCAAUGAAGCUAUACAGACCUGGGAAGAAAUAAAGUCUGGGCACUUUGUCUCCAGAACUAAUCCAAUAACUGCUUACCUUUCCUUCAAGCUGUAGCAGAGUUUGCACUGGUCUAGCAGGUAUACUUGGUGCUGCCUCAGCUCAGGGGCCUGGUCUAGAUGAUCUCUCAAGGUCCCUUCCAGCCUGACGUUUCUAUGAUCAUGCCAACACACUGUCUGAUUCCGAUUUUAUAUCCACAACCUCUAUCCUUCACUGGACAGUGGGAUAUGGACUUACUGUUCCCCUGUCUUUGCCCUGAAUUCCAUAGCUUGUUGCUCUCUCUGCGUGAAAUCCCCACCCGCCCCAUGCAGAGGGUCAGCAAAGGUCUAUGUGACACUCAAAUUCCAUGUUUUGAGGACUUAAGCAGUGCAUAGGCCUGGUGAUGACCCCCUGCCUAGGGAGGAAUUUCAACCCUGCUGUGCUUACUUCCUGCUGAACCUGUCUCUCCAUGCAAAUGGGUGGACUAGUCACUGGGUUAUCUCAGGGAUUACAUAAAAGAGAUCCAUAUCCUUAAUGCUAACAAUGGCAAAGACAAUAUUGAUUUCUUCUAGUUUAUUGUUUUAAUGUAGGUAACACUAGACCUUCAGUAUACAUUUCAUUGGUCUUAGUUCUUAUUAAGAUUUAAUCUCUCUAAUACUGGAUAAGAUUCCACACCCACAGCCUUAAAACCAAGUGACCUCAUACUGCGUUUAUCCAAUUGCCAUUUAGCUGAGAUCCCAAAUACUGGUGCUUUCUUUCAGUUGUGCAUUGCUGAUUUUCAUUUUUCUUCUGUCUCAGAUGUAUUCCUGAUUUUCUGGGAUACCAUCUGUGAAAAUGCAUUGGCUUAGACUUCUGCAUCAUGUUCCAAAGAUACGUUCCAUUCUUUUUCUCCUAUAUCGAUAUGAGAUGUUCUUCCAGUAGACCAUUGUCCCCCAUCUUCCAGGCAGAAGUUCAGCACAGGUGUGGACAACACUUAAAUCCCACUUUGGCCCUGUUUUGAAGGCUCAAAAUACAGUUUACAUGGUGCUUAGAUUUUUGUGCUGGCCCUAUAUAGAGGGUGAAUUUCCCCCUUGGUGAGUGUAUAAGCAGAGGACAAGAUAUGAAUGGAUAUAAAAAAGUUGCUCAAAAUCCUGUCAGUUUUAUUAUAGGACUGUGUUGCUUAAGAGGUGGGAUUAUUUAUUUUUACUCACCAAAAAUGGACUUGAAAAUCCAAAAAAGAGCAGGGCCACAUAUGGCAAAUUACACCAGCUGAGGGUCUGACCUGAAAUGCUUGGAGACCUACAUUGAUGAAAUCCAAAUGUAAACUAACCGCUCUCAUUUUACCAAAAGAGAGAGAUCCAUUCUUUAGCCAAAAUAUGCUAUACUGUGAAAUGGGGGCUAAAUCAGCGUCCUAUUGGCACAGCAAGGAGUCGAAUCCAGAUGUUCAAAGAUGCUUUGCCAAGCACUCCGAGUGCAGGUUUGGGCCUCCGGCGUGAAAGCAGGGAGCCCAGUCGGUGACUGCAGCAACAAAACAAGAAAAUGUUGGUGUAACGACAGAUCUCAAAAUAAUAAAUGAACAUUUUAUAGCUAUUGUGAAACACUAGUUUAGGGAGCAGGAUCAAAACAAUUCAAUGCGCUGUCCAGAAAAAGUUUGUGACGCUGCUGAGAAUAGCCCUUUAAGGAAUUGAAGUGGACAAAGUAAAAUUUUGCUGGAGGCUCCAUUAACUUCAGACUAAAUAAAACCAGUGACUAAAGACCCGACUCUUCCAAUAACCUUUGAGAACCAAUGAGUUCACUUGUGAGCUGUUCAAAUUAAAUAUAGA